AUGUCCUACUCGUACGACUACGGCUCGCAAUCGCAGUACGGCGGCGCGUACGGUGACAGCGGGACGACGGGGAUGGGGAUGUACGACGACGACGGCUACGGCGCAGGCGGCGGGGAGGACUACCUCGACGAGACGAUCACGCAAGAAGAUUGCUGGACCGUCAUCGCCGCUUAUUUCGCCGACAAGACGCUCGUCAGUCAGCAGAUUGACUCGUUCAACGAGUUUGUCAAUACGACGAUGCAGGAGUUGGUCGACGAGAGUGGGAGCUUGAUCCUCGAUCAGAACAUGCAGCAUUCGGGCAAGGCGGGCGAUGCGACGAAACGCUACGAGCUCAAGUUCGAGCAGAUCUACCUCUCGAAGCCGACGCAAACCGAGGCGGACGGCACCGUUGCGCCCAUGUUCCCGAACGAAGCGCGGUUGCGGAACCUGACCUACUCGGCCCCGCUGUACAUCGAUGUCAAGAAGCGCGUGUUGGUGCAAGAGUCGGACGAGCCUGAUCCGGAGACGGGCGAGUUGGUGUGGACGGAGGAGAAGGACGACGAUGAGGCGGGCGAGGAGGAAAAGAUUUACAUUGGGAAGGUCCCAAUCAUGCUUCAGUCCGACUUCUGUAUCCUCGAGAACCUGGAGGAGAAGGACAAGCUUGAGUUGAACGAGUGCCCGUACGACAAGGGCGGAUACUUCGUCAUCAACGGGUCGGAGAAGGUCCUCAUCGCGCAGGAACGGAUGGCGACGAACCGCGUCUACGUCUUUGCCAAGUCGCAGCCGUCGCCCGUCUCGUACCUCGCCGAGAUUCGCAGUGCGGUCGAGAAGGGCGGCAAGACGAUCUCGUCCUUGCAGAUCAAGAUGAUGCGGAGAACGGAGCGCCAGUCGGGCCAGACCAUCAAGUCUACUAUCCCGUACAUCCGCGCCGACAUCCCCAUCGUCGUCGUGUUCCGCGCCCUCGACCUUAUCCCCGACCGCGACAUCCUCGACCGCAUCUGCUACGACCGCAACGACACCGAGCUCUUCGAGAUGAUGAAGCCAUGUCUCGAAGACGCGUUCCCGAUCCAGAGCCGAGACGUCGCACUCGACUUUAUCGGCCGUCGCGGUACCGUCCCUGCCCUUUCCCGCGACCGCCGCAUGAACUACGCGCAAGAGAUCCUCCAGAAGGAGAUGCUCCCGCACGUCUCGAUGGCGCCCGGCCAGAACACCAAGAAGGCCUUCUUCUUCGGCUACAUGGUCCACCGCCUCUUGCUCGCCGCGCUCGAGCGACGAGAACUCGACGACCGAGACCACUUCGGCGCGAAGCGGUUGGACUUGGCCGGACCGUUGUUGGCGGCGCUGUUCCGGAUGCUGUUCCGCAAAUUGACCAAGGACGUCUACCGGCACCUCCAGAAGUGCGUCGAGACCGGCAAACCCUUCAACAUCAACUCGGCGAUCAAGUCGACGACGAUCACGAACGGCUUGAAGUACUCGCUCGCGACGGGCAACUGGGGCGACCAGAAGAAGGCGAUGUCGGCCAAGGCGGGUGUCUCGCAGGUGUUGAACCGGUACACGUUCGCGUCGACGCUCUCGCACUUGCGAAGGUGCAACACGCCCAUCGGCCGCGACGGCAAGAUUGCCAAGCCUCGCCAGCUGCACAACACGCACUGGGGCAUGGUCUGCCCCGCCGAGACCCCCGAAGGACAGGCGUGCGGUCUCGUCAAGAACCUCGCGCUCAUGGCGUACAUCUCGGUCGGCUCGCCGUCGGCGCCCAUCGUCGAGUUCCUCGAGGAGUGGGGGAUGGAGAACUUGGAGGAGUACUCGUCCGACAUGUCCAAGGCGACCAAGGUCUUCGUCAACGGCGUCUGGCAGGGCGUCCAUCGCGACCCCGCCCAGCUCGUCUCGACGAUCAAGAGCCUCCGUCGCCGCGGCGACAUCCAGUACGAGGUCUCGAUCGUUCGCGACGUUCGCGAGCGCGAGCUACGCAUCUUCACCGACGCGGGGCGCGUCUGCCGACCGCUCUUCGUCGUCGAGGACCAGCGGCUCGCCUUGCGUCGCGAGCACAUCGAGAUGCUCAGCAACGAGGAGCCGCAGGACCCCGAGGACCCGCCCAAGCUCAAGUGGCCGCAGCUGAUCGAGCAGGGCAUCGUCGAGUACCUCGAUGCGGAGGAGGAGGAGACCGUCAUGAUCUGCAUGACGCCCGAAGACCUCGACAUGAGUCGGCAGUUCCGCGACACGGGCACGGUCGAGGCGACGACGACGGGCGACGCGUCGGCGACGGUGCGGACGACGAGCGGCGCCAAGACGCAGACCUGGACGCACUGCGAGAUCCACCCUUCCAUGAUCCUCGGCAUCUGCGCCUCGAUCAUCCCCUUCCCCGACCACAACCAGUCCCCGCGAAACACCUACCAGUCUGCCAUGGGCAAGCAGGCUAUGGGCGUCUACCUCACCAACUACCAGGUCCGCAUGGACACAAUGGCCAACAUCCUCUACUACCCGCAAAAGCCCCUCGCGACGACGCGCUCGAUGGAGUACCUCCACUUCCGCGAGCUGCCCGCCGGACAGAACGCCAUCGUCGCCAUCCUGUGCUACUCUGGCUACAACCAGGAGGACUCGGUCAUCAUGAACCAGUCCUCGAUCGACCGCGGCCUGUUCCGCUCGCUCUACUACCGGUCCUACAUGGACCAGGAGAAGAAGAGCGGGCAGAUCCAACUCGAGGAGUUCGAGAAGCCGACGCGCGACACGACCCUCCGCCUCAAGCACGGCACGUACGAGAAGCUCGACCAGGACGGUCUUGUCAGCGUCGGGGAGCGUGUUGCCGGUGAAGACAUAAUCAUCGGCAAGACCGCCCCCAUCCCGACCGACUCGGAGGAGCUCGGCCAGCGCCUCAAGACGCACACGAAGCGCGACGUCUCUACGCCGCUCAAGUCGACCGAGAACGGCCUCGUCGACCAGGUCCUCCUCACGACCAACUCGGAAGGCCUCAAGUUUGUCAAGAUCCGUAUCCGCUCGACCCGUGUGCCCGAGAUCGGUGACAAGUUCGCCUCUCGCCACGGUCAGAAGGGUACGAUCGGCAUUACCUACCGCCACGAGGACAUGCCGUUCUCGGCAGAGGGGAUCACGCCCGACCUGAUCAUCAACCCUCACGCCAUCCCCUCGCGCAUGACCAUCGGCCAUUUGGUCGAGUGUCUGCUGUCCAAGGUCUCGACGAUCACCGGCAACGAAGGCGACGCGACGCCCUUCUCCGAGGUCACGGUCGAGGCCAUCUCGGAACUGCUCCGCAAGUACGGCUACCACUCGCGCGGCCUCGAGGUCAUGUACAACGGCCACACUGGACGCAAGCUCCAGGCGCAAGUCUACCUCGGCCCGACCUACUACCAGCGCCUCAAGCACAUGGUCGGCGACAAGAUCCAUGCUCGCGCGCGCGGCCCUGUGCAGAUCUUGACCCGUCAGCCCGUCGAGGGUCGUUCGAGGGACGGCGGCUUGCGUUUCGGAGAGAUGGAGCGCGAUUGCAUGUUGGCGCACGGUGUGGCAGGUUUCUUGAAGGAGAGGAUGUUCGAGGCGUCCGACGGGUACCGGAUCCACGUUUGCGAGAUUUGCGGCUUGACGGCGAUUGCCAAUCUGAAGAAGCAGUCGUUCGAGUGCCGGGCUUGCAAGAACCGGACAGCGAUCGCGCAAGUGCACAUUCCUUACGCAGCGAAGCUAUUGUUCCAGGAGCUACAGUCAAUGAAUGUCGCCUGCCGGUUCGGCUUCGAGGACAAGGCGUCGCAGAACGCCGCACGCCAGGAAACGGUCGUCUGA